GCACCCAGUGAGCUGCGAUGGUUUUGUACACGACCCCCUUUUCCAAUAGCUGUCUGUCUGCCCUGCACGCCGUGUCCUGGGCCCUCAUCUUCCCAUGCUACUGCAUGCUGGACCGGUUCCUGGCCUUGUUCAUACCUGCCCCCUAUCAGAAGAACCAGCUACUCUGCAUUGUGAUUUUCAUGCCCAUCUACCUGGGCCUCCUGGUCACCUCGCUGCCCUUUGCAUUUCUUGGGUUUCUCCUCUGGUGCCCCCUGCAGUGUUCCCGCAGGCCCUACGUCUACUCUUGGCUGGAAGACAAGGGUCCGACUGGUGGGGCAGCCCUCCUCAGUGAAUGGAAGGGUACAGGUCCUGGCAAAAGCUUCUGCUUCGCCACUGCCAAUGUCUGCCUCCUCCCCGACUGGUUGGCCAGGCACAACAACGUUUUUAACACCCAAGCACGGGCCAAAGAGAUUGGGCACAGAAUCCGCAAUGGAGCCAGCCGGCCCCAGAUCAAAAUCUACAUUGAUUCGCCCACCAAUACCUCCAUCAGUGCAGCCAGCUUCAGCAGCCUAGUGUCACCGCAGGGUGAUGGUGUGGCCCGGGCUGUCCCUGGGAGCAUUAAGAGGACGUCCUCUGUGGACUACAAGGGCAAUGGUGGGCGUCACCCCAGUGAUGAGGCUGCCAAUGGCCUGGCUUCUGGGGACCCAGUUGACUGUAGUAGCCUUGAGAAUGCCUGCAUUGUGCGCAUCAGUGGAGACGAGGGGGGCCGGCACCCCGAAGCUGAUGACCCUGCCACUGGGGGCCAGGCGAAGAAUGGGGCUAGUGGGGGCCCACGGGGCCAGACACCCAACCACAGCCAGCGGGAUGGGGACUCAGGGAGCCUGGGCAGCCCGUCUGCUUCAAGGGAGUCCCUGGUGAAGGCAAGAGCUGGGUUGGACGGCGGCAGUGGGGAGCCAGGUGCCACCUACAGCAAGGCCCCGCACAAGGCCUCGGUGGUAAAGAAGGCAGCCGCACGCAAGAGGCGGCACCCAGAUGAGGCCUUUGACCAUGAGAUCUCGGCCUUUUUCCCUGCCAACUUGGACUUCCUGUGUCUGCAAGAGGUGUUUGACAAGCAGGCAGCCACCAAGUUGAAAAACCAGCUGCAUGGCUACUUCGAGUACAUCCUGUAUGAUGUCGGGGUCUAUGGCUGUCAAGGCUGCUGCUGUUGCCACCGAGACCGCUGUUGCUUCAAGUGUUUGAACAGUGGCCUCUUCUUUGCCAGCCGCUACCCCAUCAUGGACGUGGCCUAUCACUGUUACCCCAACGGGAAGGGCACCGACGGCCUAGCCUCGAAGGGAGCACUGUUUCUCAAGGUGCAGGUGGGAAGCACACCUCAGGACCAAAGAAUUGUCGGGUACAUCACCUGCACACACCUGCACGCCCUGGAAGAAGACAGCGCCAUCCGGUGUGAGCAGCUGGACAUGCUUCUGGAAUGGCUGGCUGAUUUCCGAAAAUCUACCUCCUCGUCUAGCACAGCCAACCCUGAGGAGCUGGUGGCGUUUGACAUUGUUUGUGGAGAUUUGAACUUUGACAACUGCUCCUCUGAUGACAAGCUGGAGCAGCAGCACUCCCUGUUUACAUGCUACAAGGACCCCUGCCGCCUGGGGCCUGGGGAGGAGAAGCCAUGGGCAAUUGGUACCAUGCUGGACCAGGAUGGCCUCAACGAUGAGGACGUGAGCACCCCUGACAAUCUACAAAAGGUCUUGGAGAGUGAGGAGGGACGCCGGGAAUACCUUGCCUUCCCCACCAGCAAGAGCCCAGGGGCAUGCCAGAAGGGACGCAAGGAUGUGCUGAAGGGCAACGGCAGGCGCCUCGACUACAUGCUGUAUGCAGAGGAGGGGCUAUGCCCGGACUGGAAGGCUGAGGUGGAAGAAUUCAGUUUUAUCACCCAGCUGUCUGGCCUGACAGACCACCUCCCAGUGGCCAUGCGGUUGAUGGUGUCUACAGGGGAGGAAGAGGCAUAGAGCAGCCAAGUUAUCAAAGCAGCCUGGCCUCUACAAG